CCCACGGCCCUCCCACUGAACCACAGCCAUUGUCCUGACUCCCUGCCUGCUCUGGUUGAGCCAGUUCUACUCCAUUCUAUUGGUUUACCAGAUGAGUGGCGUCAUGAUCAUUCUUUAAGAUCAGGAGCCUUGUUAUUUUUCUGAACAGUCACAGGUGAUCCUCUGGAAAAGUCAGCUGGUGUGAGGUUUACAGCUGCUGUAUUACUGAAAUGCAGAGCAGAGUCAAACUCAGCGUCCUUUUACAGGGCCUGAUUCUCUGUCUGUUAGCCCGGACAGGCGAGGCCUCGUCUCUGGGGUUCACAGUCCAUGUUGUGCCUCUGAAUAGCAGUGGAGAGAUGGUCCGGGCUCACUUCAGCGUCAUCACUCCAUCUCCUUGUCCGGACCUUUCCAGCGUGUGUGCAGAGGAACCGAGCUGUCAGCCCCACCUCACUUCAAACCCCUUCACAGGUAGCCUUCCUGCCCCGGGCUGGUGCGUCCGUCAGUGGCAGACCACCCUCCCCAGUGUUUAUAAAAAGCAGCUCAGUCUUGGAACCACUCUGUUUAACGUCACAAUAAACGCAGAGCCAAAAAUCCGGUCAAGCAAUGGGAAGCUCAACCAGCCGGCAUACGUGGCUCUCCUGCCCCCACUGAGGGCUCAAGAGAACUGUCCUCGGGACUUCCAGCUCUCAGUGAAAGACCUGGAUGGAGACAGGGUUCAAUGCCGCUUUGCCAGAGAGGACAAGGGAGAAUGUUACAACUGCUCUCCGCACUCUUUUCUUGAGCUGGAUGAGGCCAAAUGUAAGUUGACUUUUACUGGAAAAGCUUUCCCAGGGAAGUACUUCAUAGACCUGAUGGUAGAAGACUACAUUCCUAUGCCUAAAUCAGUCCAAAUACUAGAAAACAAACCCCUUAGCUCUGUUCCUGUGCAACUUUCUCUCACCGUGGAAUCCAGUACAGACUGUGGUAGUGAACAUGGGCCAACAGUCGCUCCUCAGGAGGACUUGCUGUUUGUCCUGCCGUACCAGGAGGUGAAAAUUGAUGUCAGCUACCUGGACAUGAGGAGUGUGGCUGAGUUUGCAGUUGUUGGUCCUCCUCAACUAUACAAUAAGAGUGAUUUAUCAAAGAACCAAAUGACGUUAGCCUGGGUCCGCUCGGAGAACAACCUGCCUCGUCUUUUGCCCAUCUGCUUUGCUGCAAACAACCCAAGUUUGCAGUCAAAACUCCACUGCAUGUGGUUGUAUCAAAGGGAAAUGACGACUCUGCCUCCUGGAACAGAGUUGAAGUGUGACAAGACAGAGAUGAUCCUGGUGCUCCCCCUGGCUUCCAUUCCAAAUGUCGUCCUGGCGGAACUGCAGCCCAACAGCUCCACCUGCCCCCUCACCUCCAACAGCACACACUUGACGGCAAAGAUCUCUCUGAACGGCUGCGGCACACAGGCUGUGCACUCUGGGUCAGAGUUGGUUUAUACCAACACAUUGCGAAGUGUACAUCAAAAGGUAGUGAGCCGCAUGCCCUCCCUGGUCCUCCCUCUGGCUUGCCGAAUCCGAAAAGUGCAGGCCAAAGGAUCCAACUAUACUGCCAUAAUGCCCAAAGAGGAAGCCGUUUUUGGAAAUGUUAACGUUUGGAUUGAGGUCCACCAGCCAGGAGAGGGGAAUUUUUCAAGAUACACAAGAAAUCCACGGUUUUUACCUAAUGGCCAAUCAUUGGCCAGAGCUCGCAGGGACACAGUCUCCACCAAAAUCACUUCCAGAAUUACACAGCUUGACCUCUACUUAAUGUCCAACUGUACCAUAACAGAUGUUAAAAUGAUUGUGACAGACUGUUUGGAAUCAGAGACAAAGGAUUUUGAAGUGAGCCAUCCUAUUAUGGCUCAAGGGUGUAUUUCCUCCAGCAACACAUCUGAGAUUGCAAUAGAUCGAAGUACUGCCAGGGUUUACCGUCUCAAUGUGGAUUCACUGGCAUCCAAGAACUCAGAUUUGAUGUAUAUCAUGUGCCACAUCAGGCUAUGCAGGCCCACCUCUCCCAGUGCCCAAUGCCUUGAUGUGUGUGGUCGUGCUGGUAGCCAAAGUCCUUUGGUCACCAACUUUAUGUCUAAAACAUAUACAGUCCUUUCCGACAAGAUCCCCCUCAUCCCCACCUCUCCUACUAUCACAACACCCACAACAAUGUCGCCAACUUCCAAUUCCACAACUGCAAAGAACCCCUCCAUCCCUGCUGGUGUCAAUUCCCACGCUCCCACGGCAACAUCAGUAACAACAGCAGCAAUUCUCACAACGAUCAGCAUAUUUCUUCAAAAGACCAUCUGUUACUGAGAGAGCUGAUGGACAACUAUCAGUUUUUUUGUUUAUUUUUUUCUAAUGGAACAGUAACAAUUCCAUCCUGUAAAAAAAAUAAUCAUUUGGACUUGCAAACUGUCAAAGAGAAAAUAUGACUAUUAUAUAUGCAAAACUGCACACUACUAGUACAAAAAAUAUUUAUUUCUUAAUAAAGUGCUAUAUAUUUGCAAUAAGGAUGUUAUUUGAGACUUGUGGUUAAUCUGCAUGUUAUUUUGCAUGUUACUGUAUCUCUCUUGACCACAUUAUAUGUGUGUUUUCCUCAAAUAAAAAUAAGUAUUUAUUCAUAAUUAUUAUUCAA